GCCGAGCCGGGGCCGCGGCGCCAGCCCCGUGUGCGCCUGCUUGGCUGCCUUGCUCCCUGCCGGAGCAGAACCCCAACUACCGUGCCUCGUCCCCGCGGGUCACCAUGUGGAGCAGCGGCGGCUGCAGGCGAAGGGCCGGCCGGCUCCCCCGCGCCGCCUCUGCCGCAGACAUGGAGAAAAUCAGGGUGCGCAAUUCCUGGGUACCCGCUUGUCUGUGGCAGCCUCGAAUUCUCCAGGGCAGGCUGGCCAAGUCCUCCCCCGCUCUCUGGGACAGCACUCUCCAGGAGCAGAAGGGAGAAUUGCGGAAGCGUCUCUCCUACACCACCCACAAGCUGGAGAAACUUGAAACUGAGUUUGAUUCCACCCGGCACUACUUGGAAAUAGAACUGCGGCGGGCUCAGGAGGAGCUGGAGAAAGUCACUGAGAAACUGAGAAGAAUACAAAACAACUACUUAGCCUUACAGAGGAUUAACCAGGAGCUGGAAGACAAGUUAUAUCGAAUGGGUCAACACUAUGAAGAGGAGAAAAGGGCCCUGAGCCAUGAGAUUGUAGCCCUCAACAACCACCUCCUAGAAGCCAAGGUGACAAUAGAUAAGUUGUCAGAGGACAAUGAACUCUAUAGGAAGGACUGCAAUCUAGCUGCUCAGCUGCUUCAGUGCAGCAAGACCUACGACAGGUCCCACACAGUGUCAGAGCUGCCUUCUGAUUUUCAGGAGCGGGUCAGCCUCCAUAUGGAAAAACAUGGCUGCGGUCUCCCAGCCCCCCUCUGCCAUCCAUCCUUUGCCGACACCAUCCCCACGUGCGUCAUUUCCCAGGUCCUGGAGAAGCCUGAACCCAGCAGCCUGUCCUCCCAUCUGUCCAACGCCUCGGCCAGGGACCUGGCCUUCCGGGAUGCGGCCGAGAAAGCCGGCCCUCGGACCCACUUCAAGUCAGACAUCUACUGCAGCGACACGGCGCUGUACUGCCCGGAGGAACGCCGCAGGGACCGUCGGCCCAGCGUGGACAUGCAGGUGAAGGACGUGGGCUUUCUUCGGUCCCAGCACUCCACGGACAGCACGGCCGAGGAAGACGGCUUCCACUCGAGCUUCUCCCACGAGGCCUUCCCUGAGUACGUGGCCUCCCUGCCCACGUCCAGCUCUUACUCGAGCUUCAGCGUAACCUCAGAGGAGAAGGAGCACGCCCAGGCCAGCACGCUGACCGCGUCUCAACAGGCCAUCUAUCUGAACAGCCGCGACGAGAUCUUCAACCGCCAGGCAGCGGCGGCCUACGAGCGGCCCUGCAGCCCGUGCUUCGCCACGGUCCAGCCCCAGCCGCAUGUGGACCUGGGCCCGGAGGGUCAGGCUACACCCCCCUUUGUCAGGACGCUGUCCCCCUACGCCGGGGACCCCUUCCGCUUCCCUGCCACCCUGGAGGCCCAGCAAGCCCUGGUGGCCCAGAAGCUCCGGAGCGAAAGCCGCGGCGCCCACCGCUCGGACGAGGAGCUGCCGGGCCGGUGGCGGUCUCUGACCGUCGAGGACAUCGGUGCCUACUCCUAUCCCGAGGCCGGCCGCAUCUCCCCCCACAGCUUUCCCGAGCAGUACUUUACCGGCAGCCCUGGCAAGAAGGCAGACAGCCGGGCCAGCCCCAUCUACCCGAGCUAUAAGGCGGACAGUUUCUCAGAGGGAGAUGACCUCUCCCAGGGCCAGCUGGUGGACUCCUGCUUCCUGCCCGAGGACAGCAACCUGAAUCUGAACAUAAGCCCCAGCCGGCCGCCCGACCAACUGCCCGCCUACGCGCCCAGCGAGGCUGGCAGCGAGAGGCUCACGGUGCAGAUGUGUGGGGAUGGCAGGGUGAGCCCUGGCCCCGAGGGAAGCCCCAGGCUGGCUGGCACCUACGCCAAUGUAAGCCCGGCGAGCUCAGCUGCUUCCCUGGAGCCAAGUUCCAUGGAAGCAUCCCCGGAAAUCCACCUUUCUUCCAAGGAGCCCGGCCUCCACCCGUCCCUCCACAGCAAACAGCAGCAGUUUCAACGGACUCCGAGUACCGGCCUGAGCCGGAAGGACAGUCUGACCAAAGCACAGUUCUACGGGACCCUCCUCAACUAAGCCUCCCCAAGAAUGCAAUAAAGUACCACACGAGGAAUGCUUGGGCCGCCAAAACCAGAGGCCAGCAAGAAAGACAGACAGAGAGACAGAGAGAGAGAGAGAGAGACAGAGAGACAGAGAGACAGAGAGACAGAGAGAGAAAGAAAGGGAGAGAAAUGGAGAGAACAUUUUCUCCUCUUCCCCAUGCCCACCCCAACCUAUUUGCCCCGGGGAUAAAAAAGUUUGCAGCACCAAGAGCAUUUUUUUCACACAAACAUCUUUUCCACCUAUGAGAUGAACCCCCUUUUAUAAAUCUAAACUAUUUUUAUAACAAAAAGUGGUAUUUAUUAAUACACAGCCUCCAGCUCUCUGGACAGUGAGCUGUCUUUUCCCUUUGAGUGCAUUUUCAAGCAAAAAUCUCCUUUAUUUUUCUGCAUGAGGGCCACUUGUGCCUACCUCUUAGAGGGAAAGGAUGGAGCCACUUCGGUAGAGAAAAACACACACACACACCCCAAGAUAGAAAUGUCCACAAAUCACAGAACUAAGCAAUCCCAGGAACCAUCCUGGGUAAAACUUGAAAGGGGACUAGAAAGGGGAGGGACAGGGGGGAGGGGAGAGUCUAUUUUUAAAAGUAUAAACGAGACAAACCCCAAGGUCUUUCAUAAUAUCCUAUUUAUGAGUAAAACCUGACUGCCCAAAGCGAGGCAGGGGUUUGGUUCUCCUAUCCCAUCGUAUUCCUGCUUUCCUACUCUCAGUGGUCUACUACCUCAGACAUAAUUGAGGUGUUCUUUGUCACCGGUUUUCUGUAGGCUUGCGUUUAUAUCGUCCAUGAUGCAUGCAGUGUCCCACUUAGUACUGUAUUUUGCAUUACUUAAUAAAAGAAACGGGUGGACAGAG